AUUAUGAAAGAAGCUGAGUUGUUCUGGAACUUUAGUUUGGUAGAGCCAGGAAGCGGUGCAUUCGUCUCCUUCUGGUAUGAUCGAUGGAUUUCGAACCCUUCUCUUGCGGCUAACUUCCCUCGAGUUGCUGCUGUCUCCACUAACUUGGAUGCUAGGAUCAACGACAUCGUGGAACUUUCAGACUUGUGUGGCUUCCUGACCAGGAGGCAGGCUUUUCGGUCAAAUCCAUGUACAGAGCAUUGAUGGAGAACAGGUGUCCAGGAUUUUCCGCAUUCCCUGCAGAUUCUGUUUGGAGGAAAAUAGUUCCUUCAAAGAUAUGCUUUUUCAUUUGGACAGUGGCGCACAACAGCAUCCUGACGCAAGACAAACUGAAGAAACGUGGCUGGAGUUUGGCUAAUAGAUGUGAUCUGUGUUACACGAAUGAAGAAACGAAUGCC